AAUAAUGCAACCCUGCUCGCUUACUAUUUGUGUUUUUUUUUGUGCAAAUGCCCGGCUCUUGGAGAUUUGACGAAUUGAAACAUGUCAAACUCGGUUAAUAUAUCCGUGGAGACAACGUGCGAGAACCAAAUACGUGAGAUCGCCUACGAUGGCACUGAAUUAUACCAAGCGCCGCCGACGCUCUCAGAGAGUCUAGCAAAGUGCGCGGCUCGCAUAGACUUUAGCAAGACGUCGUUGGAUGAUCUAAAGAAAGAGGAAAAAUCAGCUGCAGCAGCAACUGAAGAUGACAAAGAUGCCAACCAAUUUCAGGAGAGCCUUUGGCCUUGGGAUGCAGUACGUAAUAAGCUGAAGGAUGCGUACACAGAAAUCUGUGUGCUAUCCGAUGUGAUAUCGAUUGCCAAGGAUAAGCGUUACCUAGUGCUGGAUCCACUGUUGGAGGAUGGCGAUGAUACCAAGCCCAUUGUACAAGUGUACAGUCGCAAAAAGGCCAUUUCACAGGCUGCUCAGGUUCUAUUGAGUGGGGCCGAGCGGCUACGCAAUGCGCACAGUGAACAGCGUAGUCGCAACGUAUCGGACUUUCAUAUAGAGCUGCUGCGUCUGCGACAAAAUUGGCGUUUGAAAAAGGUCUCCAAUGGAGCGAUCAUUGGCGAUCUUAGCUAUCGCACAGCGGGCUCCAAGUUCGGCAUGAGUGGCACUUUUGAGGUGACUAAGGCGGAGGAAGCAUUGGACGACGAUGGUGCCGGCAACAGUGCAAAUGCUUCCUCUGGUGCAAGUAACAGCAGCACGAACAAUGGCAUGCAGUUGAAGGCAAGCUCAGCGCUGCGAGUAAUUGUUCCCGCCGAGCUGCAGGGCGUAGCAUACAUUAAGGUCAUCACACAAAAGGAUCAGGAAGAUCUAUGCACGGCGCAGGUAAAUUUAAUGGGACAUGGACCCAAUAUAACUGCCCAGGUGGGGGUUUGGCAAAAGACAUUGGAGUUCGCACAGAAUGUGCUGUUUUGCAAGGAACUGUUUGCUCAGCUGGCACGCGAGGCCAUUCAGUUGCAGGCGCCAAUACCCCAUGUAGUUAUUGGCAAUCAGAUUCGUGCAACACUGCUGCCCAAUAUUCAGUUAAUCAUCUCACUAUGUCACUCGACUAGCUUCGAUUCCAGUCAGCCGGCGCCAAUUAAUGAUCACGAUCAUGUGCUGGAACACUCGCUACACCAGCUCUUGCGAGAGGUGCACUUCAAGAACUCACAUCAUCCAUUUCCGCAUCCGGCCAGCGCACCGCUAGGACCUAGCAAGAAGCGCAUGAUUGCGGGACCAACAGCGGCGGAUCGGGAGGCACUUCUGGACAUGACCAAGACGCAGACAAUACUAGAGCAAAUUAUUGCACAAGCGCAGCAUAUCUUCAUGCGUAAGCGCACUCAAUAUGUGCUGGAUACGCUGGCGCGUGAUGUGAAGGAUCCUCAAAUUGUAUCACAUUGGAAUGCUAUGAACAGCCCGACAAUGUCCUGUGUUAAGAUCAAUAUUGUGACGCAUGGUUAUGACGCCAUUGGGCGAACUUCGCUGGUUAUACAUGUAAAAGAGCGCUCGUUGAAGUGCAUCUGCCGCGAUGGACGAGUCAUGAGACUUUCGUAUGAACCACAAGAGCUGCGAGAUCUCAUACUUUGCCAAAUUAAUUCCCAUCAGAUCAGCUGCUUAGUGAGUUUGGCUCGCUACAUGGCCUGGACAGUGCUUUCGAAUAGCAAUCAUUUAGGUAUUGGCAAGGUAGAACCACUUGGCAAUGCCAGCUCCUGUUUGCUAGGCUCUCCCAACAGCGAUCGCAUGAUUGCCGUUCAAAUACGCUGCGAUCCGCAAAUUGAUGUCAAGGUAUAUAUAGCGCGUAGUCCGCGUCCAGACUUUUUCCCCAGUCCAUUGGUGCCAGAGAAGUUCUGGGAGAAUCUGGGCGGCAAUUUCAAAGAGGUGCGUUUUGACAAAAUCGAAGGAAAGAGUUUUUUGAAUAAAAUGGAAUUUCUGAUGGCAUCGCUGACCAGCAACACCGCAUGAAUAUGCGCAAAU